AUGGAUGUAGAUGUGUGCUCAGGGGGGGAAGCUGGACAAAGAAGAGGGAAUUCGGCAGGACUAGAGAUCCUUCCAUUAGAGCUGUAUGACUCAGCCAGGGCCAAAAUAGAAGCCAAUCUGCGCUGGCUCUUUGCCAAGGCUUAUGGGGAAGACCAUAUUCCUGCAGACCUGAGGGACCCAUUCUACACAGAUCAGUACAGUGUGGAGCACAUUAAGCCAGCAGUACUGGGUCUGUUACUGAGUGCUGACCUCUACUGUAGGGUGUGUGGUUUAUUACUACAACAGGGGGAACAGGGCUCCAGUCUCAAUUCACACCAGAGUGUCAUUCAAGUGCUUGCACGACGGGGCAUCUAUGUGCAUGAGUCAGACAACACGCCCGUGUCUCAUGAUGACCUCUCUUCCACGCCCAUUAAAAUGAGCUCCCACAUCCCUCUGAUAGAUGGGCUGAUGCUGGCGUACUCAGUAAAGCUGAUGAGUAUAGAGAAGGUUGUCGCCAGCGUCAAAAGAUUCUCUGCCUUCAGUGCCUCCAAAGAACUGCCCUUUGAUACUGAGGAUGCCAUGGUCUUCUGGAUCAACAAGGUGAUUUUAAAGACGAGGGAGAUCUCUGAGAAAGAAGUCAAAUUAAAACAGCAGCUGAUGGAAUCACCGUGUCAUCAAAAGCCUGAUCUCAUGAAUGCUUUGGCCCAUUGCAUGUUGGAGCCUGUGGAGUUUUCUCGUGUGGUGCGUUACCGUAGAGACCACCUGUCGGGCCAUACGCUGCCACACAUGCGUGUUGUGGAGGAGCUGAUGAGGGAUGUGUGUGACGGCACCGCCCUUCUCACUGUGAUCCAUUACUACUGCCCGCAGUGCAUGAGACUACAGGACAUCUGUCUGAAGGAGGUACUAUCUCUAGCAGACAGUGUGUAUAAUGUUGACUUGCUGAGGGAGUUCUGUAAUGAGUAUCUGAACAGGUGCUUUUACUUGCAUACUGAGGACCUAUUGUAUGCCCCGCCUGUGCUUAAGUAUAAUGUGAUGGUCUUCAUUGCGGAGCUGUUCUGGUGGUUUGAGGUGGUGAAGCCAGACUUUGUUCAGCCUAGAGAUCUGCAGGAAAUCAAAGAUGUGAGGUCCGCCCUUCAGCCAAAGAGUACCCGCCCCCACGUGCCCAUAUCCAACGCCACCAAGCGCAGCUUCCAGGCCACACCCGCUGCAGAUGUCUCCAUGGUAACAGGCCCAAACCCAGACACCUGUAUGAGGUACUACCUGCACUCUGAGGAGUCAGUACCAGGCACCAAAGAAAGUCCCACCCGCAGCCCUUCACAUACGCUCCUUCCACUGAGGCAGAGACAACAAAAGCCCACCCAGGGGGAGGAGACUUCAGAGCUCAGGAACAGGUCAAACUCUCUGUCGAGAAUGGAAGGGCACAAACUGGGGUCAAGACUUGCUUGGGCAGAGAGAAGACAGAGACCUCUGUCUGGCAUGGAUGUGGAUUGGGAUCGUAUGUGUUUUGAUAGCAUUAGUUUGGCUCGAUCCAUCAGCAAAGACAGUUUAGCGUCCAACAUCAUCUCCAUCACUCCGAAGCACUGUUUAAAUGGCCAGCCACGCCCCUUGCACCAUGACAACCCUGAUCAGGAGGAGGAGCUGGUAACUCUGGUCAGCACCGAGGGCGUGGCCUCGGGUGUCGGACCCAGCCCUGAGAGUUUUUUCCUGGAGCCGUUGCAGCCAGCCGCUCUACGCGUUAACAAGGAGAAAAACGACAUGGCGAGCAAACGAGAGGAGAGCGGAGAGGGAAGGAUGGGUCGUAAAGGGGGAGAGCAGACCCAGAGUCACACAGAACACACAUACUGCCCUGAACAAACAUCAUAUACAGUCAGCCAACCCUUUAGCGAGCCGCAACACAAACACACACUUGUGCACACGCAGCAAUCUGGAAGUUUCUUCCUACACGGGGACAAUGGAUACAUACGGAAAGAUUCCGUUUCUGACUUUGAGGAAGAUGAUGAUGAGGACAAUGACUUUGAGGAUGAAGAGCAGCGUGAGCUGGCAAAGGAGCUGCUGCAGCAUGCUGGGAGUAAGUGGGCGGGGCUUAGGGAAGAAGAGGAGGAGUCUUUGAAGCUGCAUGAGGAAGAAUGCAUCCGAGAGCGGGAGGAUAAGGAAGAUAUUAGUAACUUUAGUGGUCGCUCGAGUCCCUGUCCCAGCACGUUGUCGCACGCUAGCAGCACGUCCACUGGUCGCAUGACCAGUUUUGCUGAACGUCGCAUGCAACGUACGGGACAGCUGCAAGACAGCUGCUGCAGUUACAGCACGGGCAGUUCCUUAGCAACUACUCCAGAUGGUUCUGAAGGUGCUCCAAGUCUGUAUGCAAAACCUGCAGUUGCACAGGCUGACACAGCCACAGGAGUUCGCCCGGGGCUGGCAUCAGAGCUCGUGCAACUGCGAAUGCAGCUCGAAGAAAAACGACGCGCCAUCGAAUCACAGAAAAGGAAAAUAGAGACUCUGACAGCGCGGCAACGACUGCAGCUGGGCAAAGCCGCUUUUCUUAAUGUUGUCAAAAAGGGGCGUGGCCGCGAGACGCCACUGAGACUACUGAAGCAUCAGGAGAAGUCAAGACUUGGCAAAGACAAGGAGGAGGAGGAGGAGGAGCAAAACCAGACUAAAGAAGAAGAUGGAGCCUGGGAAGAUGGUGGCGGAGAGUUGGACUUGAGCGAAUGUAGCCGUUCUAUUGAGCUUCUGAACGACGCAAUCUGUUCAAUACAGCAGCAAAUGAUGCAACUUUCGCUUCAGCAAGAUAUGCUGAUGAAACAGAGUAUGCAGUCUCCACCUGAACAGACACACCAGCUCACACACACACACUCUGCAGAGUCUCCUCAUGAACAAAAAAAUACUCCCCAGCAGCAGUCUGAAGCCAUCAAGCCAGCUGUGCAGUUCAUGGAAUCAGUUACAUUGCCGACACGACGCCCCCCCAGACUGAGCUCUGGACGCACCCCUCGACUCAAACCCACAGAUCUCAAAUUCUCUAAGGGGUCAAAGUUUAACACUACUGGUGACACCAAGCCCUCCCCAGGAGGGGGCCGGACCCCCCGUUCAGAGGGUGAGGAAGAGGGUGGCGCUAAAGAGGGUGGGCGUGGCUUAAGUAGAGGAGCCGCUCGGAGUGCCACGUUCAAGUUACAUGACGCCGUUAACCGACGCAGGUCCGGAAGCCGCAGUCCAGAACGAUCGCCCCUAAGCCUGCCCCCUACCGUGGACCCAAUACCGAUCCCUGCAGAACUGGCCCGAGAAAGGAGUGUUUCAGGUGGGUCGGGGAAAGAGAACAACGAGCCUGGUGAGGAGAGUAGAGCCAAGGCUCAGCUGAUUGAAGUGGACCUGUCAGAACUACCCCCAGACUCAACCAGUACCAGCACAGAACCACCAGACCCAGAGCAAAAAUCAGGACUGGGCUUCUUCUUCAAGGAUGACCAGAAAGCAGAGGAUGAGCUGGCUAAGAAGCGUGCGGCAUUUCUGCUGAAACAGCAGCGUAAAGCUGAGGAGACACGACUUCGUAAAUUACAGCUGGAGGCAGAGUCAGAAUUAAAACGAGAUGAGGCCAGACGGAAGGCUGAAGAGGAGCGUGCUCGUAAAGAGGAGGAGAAAGCUCGUAGAGAACUCAUAAAACAGGAUUAUUUGAGAAGGAAACAGCAGCAGUUAAUGGAGGAACAAGGUGUGGCCAAACCACGCCCACGGACGAGGAAACCACGCCCAAAAUCUUUACACAGAGGAGAAUCUGCCACCCCUGAGGGUUUAGGUAAUGCUCCCUCUGGCUCUUCUCUCUCUCUGGCCUCUGCUGCCACUGAGGCUGACAGCGUUAUGUCAGGAGGAGGCUCACAGAGAGGUGAUUCUGUGGAUUCUUUCCCCCUGCUGAAUCGUAAUGUGAGCAAAAACUUUGAAAGAGACUGGGACAAUGGUUCUACAGCCUCAUCUAUUACAUCAGUGGCUGAGUACAGCGGUCCGCGGCUGUAUAAAGAGCCCAGUGUGAAGUCCAAUAAGCCCAUCAUUCAUAAUGCAAUCGCUCACUGCUGCCUGGCGGGGAAAGUCAACGAAGCCCAGAAGAAUGCUAUACUUGAGGAGCUAGAGCGCUGUGAGUCUAAUCACUUGAUAAUCCUGUUUCGUGACGGGGGUUGUCAGUUCCGUGCAUUGUAUUGUUACUCCCCGGACACGGAAGAAAUAGUCAAACUGACCGGGACGGGACCCAAGAGCAUUAGCAGAAAAAUGAUUGACAAACUCUACAAGUACAGCUCAGACCGUAAACAGUUUACAGUCAUACCGGCUAAAACUGUUUCGGUCAGCGUGGAUGCUCUCACCAUUCACAACCAUCUAUGGCAAACAAAGAGGCCCACAACCUCCUCCACCAAGAGGAAGUGA